AUAGACCCACAUAUCAUAUCUUAGCUAUAAAUGAGUGUAGAGGUACUCAGAUGCAUGCCAACAGCUAGCGAAACAAAGCAAGCAUGGCCGCCCAAACGAUACUCUCGCUCGUGUUCUUGGCUCUCCUAACCUUCGUGCUGCUGCGGCGCAGGGGCGCGAGGCGCAGCGGCAACGGCGUGCACCACCGUCUCCCACCAUCGCCUCCGGGACUGCCCGUCAUCGGCCACCUCCACCUGCUGGGCUCCAACCCGCACAUCUCCCUCCGCGAGAUCGCCGGCAGGCACGGCGCGGGCGACGGCUUCAUGCUGCUCCGCCUCGGCCAGGUCCCGGCCCUGGUGGUGUCGUCCCCGCGCGCCGCGGAGGCCGUGCUGCGCUCGCACGACCACGCCUUCGCGUCGCGGCCGCCGUCCGCCGUGGCCGACAUCCUCCUCAGCUACUCCGACGUGGCCCUGGCCCCCUACGGCGACUACUGGCGCCUGGUGCGGAGGCUGGUGACCACGCACGUGCUCAGCGCCAGCAAGGUGCAGUCCCUGCGCCGCGCGCGCCAGGAGGAGGUCGCCCUGGUCGUCGGCCGUGUCCGGGGUGCCGCGGCCGCCGCCUCCGCCACCGCGGUGGACAUGACGGAACUGUUCAGCGUGUUCACCAACGACGUGGUGUGCCGCGCCGUGUUGGGCAGGUUCUUCCGCCGGGUGGACGGCCGGCAUAGCGCGUUCCAGGAGAUCAUCAACAGCCAGGUGGUGCUCAUCGCGGGGUUCAACCUGGACGACUGCUUCCCGUGCCUGGCCAGAGUUGGCGUGCUCGCGAGGGUGCUGUUCGCCAAGGUCUUCAGCUUGAAGAAGAAGUGGGACGUGUUGCUUGAUGAGAUCAUCACAGAGCAUGCGGCCAAGCUGGCGUCAGCGCAGGAGGAACGUCGCGACAAGGUUGACGACGACGAUGGACAGAUGAGCCAAGAAGAGGACGACGCUGACUUCGUGCAUGUUCUGCUCUCGCUCCAGCAGGAGUACCGUCUCACGAGACAGCAAGUCAAGUCCAUCUUGGUGGACAUGUUUGGAGCGGGAACAGAUACGUCAUCCAUCCUGCUGGAAUACGCGAUGAUCGAGCUGAUAAGAAACCCACGCAUCAUGGCCAAGGUACGAGACGAGAUCAUCAAGAACACUCCCAAGGACCAAGGAAUGGUGAAGGAAGAGGACCUAGCGAACAUGGCCUACCUGAGGGCCGUGAUCAAGGAGACGCUCCGUCUGUACCCGCCGACGCCGCUGCUGCUGCCGCACUUCUGCAUGGAGGACAGCGAGGUGGGCGGGUACACGAUCGCGGCGGGGACGCGCGUUAUCGUCAACGCGUGGGCGCUCGGCAGGGACGCCAGCGCGUGGGAGAAGGCGGACGAGUUCGCGCCGGAGAGGUUCCUGGACGGCGGCAGCAGCGCGGAUGCCGACUUCAGGGGCAGGGAUUUCAAGUUCGUGCCGUUCGGGGCUGGGAGGAGGAUGUGCCCCGGGAUCAACUUCGGGAUGGCCGUCGUCGAGCUCAUGCUGGCGAACCUUCUCUACUGCUUUCGCUGGGAGCUCCCGCCUGGGAUGACGCCACAGGACGUGGACAUGUCUGUCAGGUACGGACUCACAAGCCGUCGCAAGGAGAAGCUCCUGCUCGUCCCAAGGCUGGCCGUGUAAUGCCAGCAACCCUGCUUGCUGCAGAAUUAUGAAAUAAAAGACUAGCGAUGAAUGGCCGGUUCAGCAAGCUUCUUUAGCUGACGUUUCCUUUGAUAUAUCUGUUUUUUUUUUUUGUUCAUGAUUUCAGCAACAUACACUCAUGCUUUUAAGUCUGUGUCUUUAUGUUCUUUA